AUGCCUGAAGCAAAUCUGCCAGCAGAACCUAAUCUGCGAGUCACAAUCAUCGCGGCUGAUGGCCUGUACAAAAGAGAUGUCUUCAGAUUCCCCGACCCUUUUGCGGUCGCAACCAUUUCGGGGGAACAAACAAAGACCACUUCAGUCAUCAGAAAAACACUGAAUCCCUACUGGAACGAAGUCUUUGACAUGAGAGUCACCGAGGAUAGCAUACUGGCGAUUCAAAUCUUCGACCAAAAGAAGUUCAAGAAGAAGGACCAGGGCUUCCUUGGUGUCAUCAAUAUCCGUAUCGGCGAUGUCAUCGACCUUGAAUCGGGAGGGGACGAGAUGCUUACGAGGGAUCUUAAGAAGUCCACUGACAACCUCGUGGUUCAUGGGAAAUUGAUUGUGAAUCUUUCGACCAAUCUCUCCACCCCUCCACCUCAACAAAACCGGCCUCCCCCCAGCACCGCUUCUAGUGUGAACGGUUCAAAUCCAUAUGCCGGAAGCAGCACCAAUGUCAAUCAGCCGUUGCCCAUUCGGUCUAGAAGUCCCGCGUCGCGAACUGCUACUUCUGGCUCCGGGGAAGCGAGAGCAUCUAACACUGCAGUCAAUGGAACUGGUACGCAACCCCAGCCCAACGGUGCCGGUACCGGUGCCGGGAGAUCUGGAGGCUUCAGCUCCUUCGAGGAUAGCCAAGGUCGUUUGCCCGCCGGAUGGGAGCGCAGAGAAGACAAUCUGGGCCGAACGUACUAUGUUGAUCAUAACACCAGAACCACGACCUGGACCAGGCCUUCCAACCAUAUGAGUGAGACUGAGGCACGCAAUCGCGUCGAAGCCAAUAUGCAGAUAGAACGUGCCCGACACCAAAACCGUAUGCUGCCUGAGGAUCGUACAGGUGCAAACUCCCCCAACUUGCAGGAGUCCCGAGGUUCGCCUCCGCAACCGAAUGCGGUGUCGAUGAUGGCCACCGGGGCAACAACCGCAGGGACUGGCGAACUGCCUGCCGGCUGGGAACAGAGGCACACUCCCGAAGGACGUGCCUAUUUCGUUGACCACAAUACUCGAACCACAACUUGGGUGGAUCCCCGAAGGCAACAGUACAUAAGAAUGUACGGCAACAACCCGUCUGGGAAUAACACCACGAUCCAACAACAACCGGUUUCGCAAUUGGGGCCAUUGCCUAGCGGGUGGGAAAUGCGACUGACUAAUACCGCCCGUGUAUAUUUCGUGGAUCAUAAUACCAAAACCACGACUUGGGACGAUCCCAGACUGCCCUCUUCUUUGGAUCAGGGUGUGCCGCAAUACAAGCGUGACUUCAGGCGGAAGCUGAUCUAUUUCCGCUCGCAACCAGCCCUGAGGAUCCUCUCUGGACAGUGCCACAUCAAAGUCCGCCGUGGCGCCAUUUUCGAGGACUCGUUUGCUGAAAUCAUGCGCCAGAGCGCAACAGAUCUCAAAAAACGACUGAUGAUCAAAUUCGACGGAGAAGACGGUUUGGAUUACGGUGGCCUUUCUCGCGAAUUCUUCUUCCUCCUUUCACAUGAAAUGUUCAACCCGUUCUACUGUCUGUUCGAAUACUCGGCGCACGACAACUAUACCCUGCAAAUCAACCCUCAUUCUGGUAUCAAUCCAGAGCAUCUCAACUACUUCAAAUUCAUUGGGCGAGUGGUUGGCCUUGCCAUCUUCCACCGUCGAUUCCUAGAUUCCUUCUUCAUUGGAGCAUUUUACAAGAUGAUGUUGAGGAAGAAAGUCACCAUCAACGACAUGGAGGGUGUGGAUGAAGAAUACCACAAGAACUUGACAUGGAUGCUUGAAAACGAUAUUACCGACGUUCUCGAUCAAACCUUUUCCAUCGAAGACGAACAGUUUGGCGAGACCAAAACGAUUGACCUGAAACCUGGUGGCCGAGACAUCCCAGUUACGAACGAGAAUAAGAGAGAAUAUGUCGAACUCCUUACAGAGUGGAAGAUCCAGAAGCGAGUCGAGGAACAAUUCAAUGCCUUCAUUACCGGCUUCAAUGAACUGAUCCCCGCUGAUCUUGUCAACGUCUUCGACGAGCGCGAACUUGAGCUUUUGAUUGGUGGUAUUGCCGACAUUGAUGUGGACGACUGGAAGAAACACACCGACUACCGCGGAUACCAAGAGCAAGACGAAGUGAUCCAGAACUUCUGGAAGGUAAUCCGAUCAUGGGAUGCCGAGCAGAAAUCUCGACUGCUGCAAUUUGCCACAGGCACUAGUCGCAUUCCUGUCAAUGGAUUCAAGGAUUUGCAGGGUAGCGAUGGCCCCAGAAGAUUUACCAUCGAGAAGGCUGGAGAGGUCAAUGCCUUGCCGAAGAGUCACACUUGCUUCAAUCGUCUCGAUCUGCCACCGUACAAGACCUACGAUGCCCUUCAAAGCAAGCUGUCCACUGCGGUGGAGGAAACACUGGGCUUCGGUCAAGAAUAG